AUGGUCAAAGCUCUGCGUCCUGGAUAAAAGACUUCCUGUGUCUGUCCUCUGUCCUCUGUCCUCUGCUCAGGAGCUCGGGAAGACCUGGGAGGAGGUGCAGAGUGAGGACGACCGCGAGCUGGUGGACGACGAGGACGAUGAUUGGUCGGACUGGCAGGCUCACCCGGUGUCUGCGGUGUGUCUGUUCUGCGAUCAUCGGUCAGAGACGAUGGAGCAGAUCUACACGCACAUGAAGGACGCUCACGGUUUUGAUCUCCAUCAUCUGAGGACGGAGCUCAGUGAGUAAAACCAAAAACACGAACAACGACGUGCAUCAUCUCUGAAAAGAUCGUCACCAUAUUUCAACAGUUAACCCUUUA